AGUGAAGACAAGAAAGUAAGUGUUCAAAGUGGCUCCACAAAGUGUUACAAUUUUUGGAUUUAUUUGGGCUUCAUGAAAUUAUAUUGUUUACUUAAAACUUUAUGACCUCCAAUCAACAUGAACUUCUCCUGGCUCACCAUCUUUAUCUUGGCCAUCAUCGCCGUAGCUGUUUCGGCCAAGAACUGCCCAGCUCCAUUCAAGAAGGAAGGCAAUUCGUGCACCGCAAAGCGCACCAUUCGUGGGGAAUGCCCUUCUGGUUCCCAAUACAGUGCCAAUGUUAACCUGUGUGUCUACAAAAACUAAAUACUCAAAUCAAAAUAAAACCUAAUCAGACAGUGAUUUAAUACAUAUAUAAUUUAAAAA